GAAUCUCAGCUUUUUAAUGUAGGCUAUUAGCUUGAUAAGGUGAAGCUUAGCUAGAAAAUAGCGGUAGUCUAUGUGGGGCGGAGCUGUAAAGAAUGUUGCGAGACGAAACCGGAUGUUUAUUUUGACUCUUUAGCAAAUAUUUUCAUAUAUUUGUUGUAUACGCUGUUUGAUUUUGGAUAUUUGUAUAGCUGCACAAUUACCGUAUAGUGAAUAAUAAACUGAAAGUCGCGAGUAUUUGUGUGUGUUUCGCGUAUCUGAUGCGGGCCGCGGAGCACAAAGACUACAGGAGCGUCUGUACCGAAAACAACUAAAAGACUGCACACUACUCCGUGUUAAAGAAAACAAAACAUAGGCUAAUGCAUGUGAAUAUUUCGCAAAAUCGAGCAAUAGCUUUGCUUAAAGCCAUCGUAUUUAUUUUGAUAUUGUGAAUUGCGUCCCCCUCAAAAUUGAUAUUUUUGAAUUUUUUAACUUAAGUUGGGACACAGAUAAAUGUAGAUCUUUUUUUUCUUCAGCCACAUUUGGUCAAAACUCUUCUUUUUCUCAGUUUGGCAUCAAAACAGCUGAGCCAUGUUUUUUAGAGGAGCUGUUACGAGUUCCCCAAUUAAGACCAAGAGCUUGGAGGCUGAACAUGUUUGUCACAGUCUUGACCUCUCCCACUUCUCCGACUCCUCCUAUGAGUGUUUCUCCACCAAUCCGCUGACAGGCUCAGUGUGCGCUUGUCGCCGGAGUCCCCGCCUGCUGGCCAAUGGUUACUAUGUACUGACGGAGGACAGUUUCAGCACAGAUGACGAGGGCAACGUCACCCUGACACCCUCACACACCAGCGUCUCAUACAAAGAGAAUCUUGUCCGAAUAUUCAGACGAAGGCGCAGAGCAAGAAGGUCAUUGGCCAGCCUUCUGAGUGAUGUGAGCCAAUCAUGCCAGUCCUGGCUGGAAGCAAGCGUUUUUAGAAGAUCUGAUCCCGUCACACCCCUCCAGUCAUCAUCAUGGAUAGAGUUAGACAAUACCUAUGAAAAAGACGAACCCAUCAGCUUCACAUACGAUCCCACUGAUCAUGCUCCCUCAGAUAAAGUGGCUCCACAGACUCUCCUUGAAGAGGAGGAGCCUCAGACUGAGUCAUGCUUCGCCCAUGAGCAAUUUAGCCAAUCAGUGAGCGGCCUUCUGGAUGUUCCUCCCCCAUCCAUGUGUCACCACAAUAGUUGCAGUUCAUCCAGAAAGACAUCAUCAGACACUGUGAUGCUUAAAGUCCUCCUUUUCAUUCUUAUUGUGUGCCUCUGCAUUGCCAUCUCAUCCAGGUGGCUGCUGGGAAGUGUUUCUGCAGCGGUGGCCUUCUUAGCCCUGCUUUCAUCCUUAUGUAUCUCCAAGCCUGGAACAGCAGUCCGCUGGAGGAGAGCAAAGACUGAGGACAUCACCUCCAGGAACGAGUGAGAAGUACACACCUAUGUGGAGUCAUCUCAGGAAGUGAGAUUGUUUAAAUGCACAUCCUGAAUCACCGUCACAUAUUAGUUAUAGAUCAGUUUUACUUUGUGGUGUUUCCACUGAUCAGCUGCAGAAAUGUGAAUAUUAAUAGAUAAGAUAUUAGAAAGAUCAAACAGGACCAUUAAAGGUCAAAUUGACAUGCAAAGAAAAGCAUGCAUUUUAUUCAAAUGUGUUUAAAAUGUAUAACUGUUGGACUAAAAAGUUGCUAAAAAGUUUGAUUAAUCUUGUCAAAUGAAAGACUUGACAGCAUUAUAAUAGGUUCUCUGUAAGCCAGUGAAGAUGCCUUGCAUGGCGAGACGUGAACUGCGUUGUGUUUGUAAGUGCAUUAGUAAGACUUGGUUGGGGUCUUUAACAUGGUUAUUGGGGGUCAUGUGUUUAUCAGAUGCCCUCAGAUGUCAUAGAAAUCUUUUUCUGCUGCAACAUCCAAUUCAAUGGUGUUGCAUAUUAACCAGUUUUAAACUUUUUGAUACUAUAUUGUGAAUAGCAAAUUCGGGAUCUUAAAAAGUGCCAGAUUUGCUUUGCAUAAAUGCCUCAUAUUUGUCAGGUGCCUUUGAUGUACAAAAUUCCUGGGUCAUACAUGCAAAUUCACAUUGUGUGACUCAACAGGGUGCAAAAGUGCUACUUGUAAAAGCACAAUAAAUAUACUAAUAAUAAUAGUUAUAGAAUUGCACUUGAAAAUAAAAAUUAAACCCUGUUUGCAGGGGUGCUGCCAAAGCAGAGCCAUGUUUUAUAUGUAUUGUAUAUUAUGCACGUAAUUCUGUUACAUUCAAAUAAGGCAGCUUCCUUCACAAGUUCUUACAAGAGAAGUUGCCUGUAAAAUAUUUAACCAGCAAUAAAUAAGAAAAGUUUAGGAUAUUUUUACUGAGAAUACAGACCUAAGGACUGAGGACUGGUCUGCUGGACAGUGUUCAAACCUUUAGGAAGAAAUUCUUACAAAAACGUUUAUUGCAGGUGGUGGAGUUUUAUUCUUUUGAAAGGCAGCUCAGGUUUUAAGAAAGACAUUCAUGAGGAAACAAAAGCAAAGCAAAAUGAAGUAUUACAUUUUAGAGGUUUAGGAUGCUAAACGUCUGAAUGCAAACAUGUUGGAGACCCAGCCAAGAUAAAUAAAAACAGGGAAAUUUACUGAAGUGCAUUAAGCUUGUAGCCAACAGAAAUAUCUGUGUUUAUAUUCAAUGUGUUGUGUUAAUGUAGGUUUAAUGUUUUAUAUCAUCUUUUUGUUGUAUCCAUGAGCGAUGAAACAUUACAGCAUGAGAGACUUAUUCAUUAUUGCUGCAAAACUAGUAAAUAUUUAAUAUAAAGUGUAUUCUAAUAAAAGUAAUUCAUUGUGAUUAUAUUUUUUGCGAUGCAGAAAAUAUGUACAAUCAUAUAGAGACAGAAAUGUUGGAACACAUGAUUAAAGGAAAAAUAUUGUGUAUUGCUUUGUGUAAGUUUAUUAUGUCUUGUUAAUUGUAGCAUUAAGUAACUGAGUACAGAGUCGAAAUGAAAAGAUUGUUGUCAUUUUACCAAAGCAUAAAAAGCUGGAAAUAAUUGAAAUGUAUACAUUGAACAAAAAGAAAUUCAAGACAAAAUUGUCAUUAUUUUACUGAGCUCAGAAGACUGUAAUGACUCUGUAACUCUAUACUUACUGACAACAGAACCGGUUCUUCAGUUACUGUGUAUUAUUCCACUGCAUGAAAGUGAAAUUGAUCUGUAUACACUGUAAAAUGUAAUCUUAAAAUGAAAUGUAUUUAUAUAAUUUGCACAGGUACAUUUGAACAUGACGAACAAAAUCAGCCUAGUUAAUAAGAAUUGUGAAAUUAAUAGGGCUUUAAAAAUAUUUUAGACCCUAUGUGUUUCUGGGUUAUAUAUUUACAGUGUAUUUUUUAAAAUAUUGUUCAUUUAUCAAUAAAGGUUUUAUAUAUACA